CAAAGGGACGAUCGCCAUUUUCAGCAAGGCCUCGAGCUUUCCUAUGCUAUUUUUUGUUUUUCCUUGAAUUUAUUCUGAAGGGAUGGAGAUUGGAAAGAUGAUAGAAAACAAAAGGGGACCUUGCUCUGUCUACCAUAGUAGUAUCGCUUCUUUGGCAUCCAAACGGCAGAAGGAGGAUUCGUAUGUCUCCACAAAGGAUAGAAAAGAGAAGCUCAGUGAACACAUUGUCGCUCUGCAGCAGCUUGUUUCACCGUACGGAAAGACGGAUACUUCUUCUGUCCUCCUGGAGGCAAUGGAAUACAUACAAUUUCUUCACGAACAGGUUAAGGUGUUGAGUGCCCCAUACCUCCAAACAACACCAAAUAAUACGCAGAAUGUAGAACAUUAUAGCCUGAGAAACCGAGGUUUAUGUCUUGUUCCGAUCUCUUGUACCGUAGGAGUUGCUCAGAGCAACGGUGCCGAUAUUUGGGCUCCCAUCAAGACCACAUCUCCUAAAUUCGAUUAGAGCUAUCUCACAAUUCAACUGACGUUUCCUUUCACGGCAGUCGGAAGGCUUUGGAAUUCAGUAAAUCGGUUUAGUAAGUAACCAUCUUAUCAUCCAAUGCACAAAAUUUUGUUGUAACAAAACUUACAUAGGUAAUGAACUAAGAUAUAGGAUGGUGGUAGGCAAAAUCAUUAGUCUUAGAUCGGUAGAUUUGCGUAUCUAAAACGCAGUCCUGCACCACUCUAGUUUUAUGCCAGUGCCGGUAACGACCUGCAUUCAACCUAUUCGAUUAUAAAAACUUCUUGACAUGA